CUUGUACAUAUUUGACUGAUUUACUUUGCAAUUUUCUGUUUGCAUGUGGUAGGGCCCUUCGUGGCAUCUUCAUCCAUCGAUUCUAAAACAUGAUCUUUGAGUGAUGCUACGGUCUACGGGAAUCAAUUGCAAGACCCUUGUUUUGUCUGAAAGGAGUUACAUCGUCGGGUAGCAUGGCAUCUGUUUUAAUACGCUUGGUUUGCUCCCCACUCGCAUCUUCGAUAUGGAAUCCGGUUUCUUGCAACGUAAGUUCACUCCUCAUACUACUUGGUACUGGCUGCUUUAUAAUUUUUGUGUGAAACUGAGUUUUCCGUUUUUAUGUCAGUUUGCUUCUUCAACCAUUUUUACAGUUCAAAAUGAAAGUGCACAAAUUACAGUUUGAAGGCGCAGUGCCUCGAGCCAGAACCAACAAAGUUGAAGUUCAUCUAUAAAACUGGGUUGUGAGCGUUGCCAAGUGAACUCUGCAAAGCUUUGAUUUUUUCUUUUCGAGGUAGGAUACUGAUGUGAAAACUGAAAAGGAAGAGGAGAGUAAAACAGUUUCUUUCUUGAUGAAGAAAUGACUAGUUUGGUAAUAUCAAAAAUUGGAAACAAGUAGAAUCACCAUUAGAGGCUCAAGUUGUUACUUAUGAUGGGAUUAGCUCCAAUAUGCAACCAUUAAUAGUCUUAGCAAUAAAGUAAGUAAACAAAGUACUCCAGCCGGCCAGCUCUAAUAAACAACAUGCAACUGUCUUUGCUCUCUUAUUGAAAAAGUGUGCCCGUGCAGAUAGGACUGCUGAGCUGAGGCAUCCUCAGUCUGUCAUGUUCUCACUAGCUAGCAAAUGAGCUCGCAUGCUUGGGUCAGGCCCCAACAACCCCUCACGUGCCUAAUUUAUUUCACAUGGUCGUCAAGCUGCAAGGGCUUGAUGAGAAAUUUACUGUUCCCAACAACCCCUCCUGUGCGUAAUUUAUUUCAUAUGGUCUUCAAGCUGCAAGGACUGAUAAAUUUAUUGUUCCCAACAACCCCUCUUCUGUACUACUAUUGGUUACCUGUCUGCUCCUGUGAAUACAUCUGCGCACAGCUACUCCAUUCGAUCCACACUGAGCAUUUUUAUCUCAGAUCCACACAACAGCCAUAGGAGUGAACAGGAGAGGAGAGUUGGAGCAAUGGAGGCGACGGUGCUGAGCGUGGGCAAGUCUGUGGUGAACGGAGCUGUUAGCUAUGCCCAAUCUGCCGUUGCAGAGGAGGUGGCGCUGCAGCUGGGAGUGCAGCGCGACCAGGCCUUCAUCAGGGACGAGCUUGAGAUGAUGCAGUCGUUCCUGAUGGUUGCUCACGACGACCGAGACGACAACAAGGUGGUCAAGACCUGGGUGAAGCAGGUCCGCGACCUGGGCUACGAUGUGGAGGACUGCCUCCAGGACUUCGCCGUUCGCCUCGAGAAGCCGUCCUAUUGGUGGCACAUCCUGAGGACGCUGCUUGACCGGCGUCAUGUGGCCGUGGAGAUGAAGGAUCUCCGAGCCAAGGUCGAGGAUGUCAGCAAGAGGAACCUGCGCUAUCACCUCAUCAGGGGCCCUGACGCUGACUCAAAGUCCAUGGCUGCUGCCGCCAAGCAGUACUCUGCAGUCAGCAAAGCCAGUGCUACAAUGUUUGGUGUCAACGAAGCGAGGCGUGCCAUGAAGCUGAGGGUAGAUCUGGCCCAACUCAUCGACCAGGAGCAGGGGGAGGAUCUUAGAGUGAUUUCAGUGUGGGGAACAUGUGGCGUUCUCGGGCAGGCAUCCAUGAUAAGGAAGGUGUAUGACGAUUCGGGCACGUUUGAAUGCCGUGCCUGGAUCAAGCUUAUGCAUCCUUUCGACCCGAUCGUGUUCAUGCAAAGCAUUAUGCGGCAGUUCUAUGGAUAUUCUUUUCCAGAAUUAGCAGCUGAGGGACGAAGUUGUCGAGAAUUAGGGACUAAAGUUCUCAAGAAGAUGCUGAUGAUGAAGGAAGAAGAAUUGAUUGAUGAGUUCAAUGAGCAUGUGAAUAACAAGAGUUAUCUGAUUGUUCUUAACGAUCUGUGUAGCAUAGAAGAUUGGGACUGGAUUAAAACUUACCUUCCAGGCAACCGUAAUGGGAACCGGAUCAUUGUGGCCACACAGCAAGUUGAAGUUGCAAGCUUAUGCAUCGGCCAGGAAUGCCGAGUCUCAGAGCUUAAGCAAUUAUCCUCUGAUCAGACUCUCUAUGUUUUCUACCACAAGAGACCUCAAGGUGGAGCAAAUUCAAUGGAGCCAGAGUCAAGCUCAAAUGCAGCAGCCAUUGCCACUACUAAUAGAGCAAUCUCUUCAGUGCCCAUCUGUGAGAUACCGGCUGGUGAUCAAGCUAAAGAUACCGCAAGUGGACAGAAUGCAGUCCGAAGGAGCCUCAGUCGCAUCCUGUCGAUGACGGCUGCUCUAGAGGGAUCUGAAGUUGUUGGGAGGGAGAAAGAAAAAUCUCGCAUCCUCCCACUAAUUGUGGAUUCAGUUAACAAAGAACUUCAGGUUAUCUCUGUUUGGGGAAUGGGUGGUCUCGGGAAGACUGCUCUUGUCAAAGAUAUCUAUGAAGGUCAAGAACUCAGUGGCACAUUUAAGAAACGUGCUUGCGUCACAAUCAUGAGGCCUUUCAAUAUCGAGGAGCUCCUUAGGAGUUUAAUUAUGCAACUAAUGGUGUCAGAAACUUCUGACGAGAAUGACACAGCGAAGAAAACAAUGUCGCUGUCAGUUCAAGAGCUGAAGGAUCAGCUGGGCCGUCUUCCUGAAGAAAAGAGGUGGUUGAUUGUUCUCGACGAUUUGUCAUCUACCACUGAAUGGGACACGAUAUUGGAAAAUUUACCUCAAACAAAGAAUGCAAGUCGAAUCAUAGUCACCACAAGAGAAGAAACUAUUGCCCGUCAUUGUUCACAGCAGAAACAAGAAAAUGUAUACAACCUCAAAGGUCUUACUAAGGAGCAUGCACUUCUUGUCUUCACAAAAAAGGUAUUCAAGGAAAAUGAAUGUUGGCAUCGGCUGUAUCCUGAGUUGGUUGAACAAGUCAGACAAAUCUUGAAGAAGUGCAAUGGUCUUCCUCUUGCAAUAGUCGCCAUAGGUGGCUUCUUGGCAAACCAACCAAAAACUGCCAAGGAGUGGAGAAAACUGAAUGAGAAUCUUAGUAGUGAGUUGGAGAUGAAUCCAGAGCUUGACACCAUAAGAACAGUCCUUCUCAGAAGCUAUGAUGGUUUACCCUAUCAUCUCAAGGCUUGUUUCUUGUAUCUUCCAAUCUUUCCUGAAGACUACAAGAUUAGGCUAACACGUUUGGUGCGGAGGUGGAUCGCAGAGGGCUACUCAGGAGCGGUGCGCGGCAGGUCUUCCUAUGAAAUAGCAGAGAGCUACUUCAUGGACCUCAUAAGCAGGAGCAUGAUCCUGCCAUCCCGGCAAUCACGUCAUAGUAGAAAAGAAAUUGAUUCUUGCCAACUCCAUGAUAUUAUUCGUGAAAUUGGCAUCUCAAAGUCAAUGGAGGAAAAUCUUGUUUUCAGAUUGGAGGAAGGUUGCAACUUAAGUAGCCAAGGCACAAUACGUCACCUCUCUGUAAGCAACGACUGGAAGGGAGACCAGAGUGAAUUUGAGAGUACAGUUGAUCUGUCUCGUGUCAGAUCCAUAACAAUUUUUGGGGAGUGGAAGCCAUUCUUCAUUUCUGACAAGAUGAAGUUGCUGCGGGUGCUGGACUUGGAAGACACUUCAGGUCUGGUUGAUCAUCAUCUCAAGCAUAUUGGGAAGCUUUUCCACUUGAGAUACCUUUCCCUGAGAGGAUGUCAUGGAAUUUAUCACCUGCCAGGUUCCUUGGGUAACCUGAGGCAGCUCCAGACACUAGAUGUCACAGGUACAAACAUAAUCAAGCUGCCAAAGACCAUCAUCAAGCUCAGGAAGCUACAGCACGUUCGUGCGAGGGGUGUCGGGAGCAACGAUGAAUAUGUCUGUGAAGAGUAUUCAGAUAAACUCCCGAAGCUGAUGAGGAGCAAGCAAUGCAUCCUGACCUGCGCCUCGGCGGUGUUCUGCGUGGCAUGCUGCGCGCCACAGGUUCUGAAGGAGACCAUGGGCAUGGACGGGGAUACCAACAGGCGUGACGUCUGCACCACGUGCUGCUGCUCGUAUCUGCCAAUGCUGGCGACACGCCGGAGCCCACGUGGUGUUGUGGUGCCCAGAGGGAUCCACAGGCUCAGAGCCCUGCACACGUUGGGUGUGGUGAACAUCUCAAGGAGGAAGGCCACCCUGCGAGAGGUAGCUAGUCUCACCGGGCUGCGCAAGUUGGGAGUGACUGGCGUGGACGAGAGCAACGGCGGAGAGCUAUGUUCAGCACUGGCUAACCUCAGCAGCCUAGAGACGCUGCUGGUGCAGUCGGAGGGUAAGCCGGGUUUAUCUGGCUGCUUGGAUGGCCUCUCCUCACCUCCGGAAAACCUAGGGAGUCUGAAGCUGUAUGGCAACCUGGUCGAAUUGCCGGCAUGGAUCAACGGUGGGCUGAAAAAUCUGGCCAAGCUCAAGCUGCGGAGUUCCAGGAUAGAGGACCAUGAUGCGGCAAUAAAAGUCCUUGGGCGCCUACCGAACCUUGCCAUCCUGCGUCUGCGGAAAGAGUCACUUGGGGGCGAAGAGGUCCAUCUCCGUUUUCGUCAGGGUGCAUCAUUCCCGAGCCUGAUGGUGCUAGAGCUGAGUCUCCCAGGUAAGCUCAAAUCGGUGGAGUUUGAAAAGGGAGCCACCCCUAAGCUUGAGCUGCUGCAGUAUUACGAUCAGCCUGAAGAAGGCGCCGUUUCAGAAAAAACCGAUGACAAUCAGUUUGAAGAAGACCCCAGAGUUGGGUUGUUUUCUGGGCUAGCAUUUCUGGGAAGCCUCAAGGAAGUUCUGCUCGAGGGUCACAACUACAAAGCCGACUUAGUGCAAAACUUGCGCUUGCAGCUUCAUUCAAAUCCGAAGCGACCUGUUCUCAAGAUGGACUGACCUAAGCUCCCGAAGGAGUAUGAUGUUCCUGCUGCUGCUUACUUGUUUUGAACUGCCAACAUGCUGCCACUCAACAGUUUUGAAUUGUCUGAUAUGUUUAUUUAGGAAAAGGUAAACAGCAUUAUCGUCAGAUAUAUGUCAACCAAGCUUCAGCUCAGUUUGUCUCUGCUCUUUGCUACGAGAUGAACCAAUUCCUGGACGUGAAAAUAUCGCCCCUUCAUGAAGAGAAGAUGCCUCCCCACCCCAAUUGCGGAUGCCCUUAUGUAACAGAUGCAUGUUCUAUUAUUUAUUUUUAAGUAUCACUUGUAACAGCUUCCUUAAUGUUACCUAAGUGUGUUUUGAAAUCUGCAUUCCAACA